AUGGCCCUCGCUCCGUCCAGAAUGCGCGUGCAGUCCGCACCCAGAAAUGCCAGCGCCAUCACUUCCCUCACCCGCUCCCGCUCGACCGCCGCCAGCACGAGUGCGAGCUCGUCCAUGCUUGAGGCCCGCUCGAGAGUGCGCGAGCAUGCGCGCAACAUCAGCCGAUCUACCGUCCGCGAGGCGACCGCCACCGGCAUUGUACGGCCGCCUCCAGCCCCUGGCUUCUCGCAAUUGCCGACGAAGCUCCCACCGCCUAUGCUCGGCGCGCACCCCGAGGGCCCGCUCGACAGUUCGUUUGUAGGGAUGUCCGGCGGGCAGAUCUUCCACGAGAUGAUGGUCCGGCACGGCGUGAAGCACAUCUUCGGCUACCCAGGCGGCGCCAUCCUGCCCGUCUUCGACGCGAUCUACAACUCGCCCCAGUUCGACUUUGUCCUCCCCCGCCAUGAGCAGGGCGCGGGCCACAUGGCCGAGGGAUACGCCCGCGUCACAGGCAAGCCCGGCGUCGUCCUCGUCACCUCCGGCCCCGGCGCGACGAACGUCGUCACGCCCAUGCAGGACGCCCUCAGCGACGGUAUUCCCCUCGUUGUCUUUAGCGGCCAGGUCGCGACAUCCGCCAUCGGCUCGGACGCAUUCCAGGAGGCGGACAUGGUCGGAAUCUCGCGCGCGUGCACAAAAUGGAACGUCAUGGUCAAGGACGUCGCAGAGCUCCCCCGCAGAAUCAACGAGGCGUUCAAGAUUGCCACCUCCGGCCGACCGGGGCCCGUGCUUGUUGACUUGCCAAAAGACAUUACCGCGGGCGUCCUCCGCACCCCGCUCCCGUACAAGGCGACGACGCCCGGGCGCCCCCUGGGCCUCCCCUCGAACCCGCUACAGUCAUCCGAUCAGCCAAGCGACAUGCUCCUCAUUCAGCAAGCGGCGAACCUGAUCAACAAUGCGAAGCGGCCCGUCAUCUACGCCGGCGCGGGUGUCCUCUCGUCGUCGCUCGGCCCGACGCUGCUCAAGCAGCUCGCGCAGCAGGGCAACAUCCCCGUAACGACAACUCUCCAGGGCCUUGGCGCGUUUGACGAGCUCGACGAGAAGAGCCUGCACAUGCUGGGCAUGCACGGCUCGGCGUACGCGAACGUCGCGAUGCAGCAGGCCGACGUCAUCGUCGCGCUCGGUGCGCGGUUCGACGACCGCGUGACGGGCACGAUCAGCCAGUUCGCGCCUGCUGCCAAGGCUGCCGCAGCAGAGGGCCGUGGCGGGAUCAUCCACUUUGAGAUCCAGCCGAAGAACAUUAACAAGGUCGUCGACGCGUCCAUCCCCAUCCUCGGCGACGUCGUCACCAACCUCGCGUCGCUGGUGCCCCUCGUCCGUUCCGCGCCGCGGACGCAGUGGUUCAGUGACAUCAAGGAGUGGAAGGCGAAGUAUCCGUUCACGUACGAGAAGAGUGACGUGAGCGCGGGCGCGCUGAUGAAGCCGCAGGAGGUCAUUGAGGAGCUGGACAGGCAGACGGCGCACCGGAAGGAGGAUGUGAUCGUGACGACGGGCGUGGGCCAGCACCAGAUGUGGGCGGCGCAGUACUAUCGAUGGCGCUACCCGCGCAGCUUGGUCACUUCUGGAGGCCUUGGGACGAUGGGUUUUGGUCUUCCCUCGGCCAUCGGUGCGAAAGUCGGAGCGCCGCACAAAACAGUUGUGGACAUUGAUGGGGACGCUUCGUUCAGCAUGACAGCGAUGGAGCUGCAAACGGCAUCGCAGUUCAACAUCGGUGUGAAAGUGCUCGUCCUCAACAACGAGUUCCAGGGCAUGGUGCUCCAGUGGCAGGAUUUGUUCUAUGAUGCUCGAUACGCCCACACGCGCAUGACCAACCCGGACUUUGUCGCCCUCGCGAAGGCGAUGGGCGUGCAUGCCAUCCGCUGCGAGAGCGCGGCCGACCUCCCCGCGAAAAUGAAGGAGUUCCUGGAGUACAACGAAGCGCGGCCCGUGCUCCUGGAGUGCAGGGUCGAGAAGAACGAGCACGUGUUCCCGAUGGUCCCCGCGGGCAAGGCCCUACACGAGCAGAUUCUCCACCGCACCCUGCGCGACGCGUAUGAAGCCUCCGGGGUUGCGAAAAAGGCAUGA